GUGAGUCAAAGUCAAAGUCAACAAUCCCUGUCCCCAACUCGGACGACGCCUGCCAUCAUCGAGAGUCGUCGUUCCUUCCACAAUCUCCGGCUCGGCGGCGGCGGCGAUGGAAUCGGAGCACAGGGCGUACGCGCGGGGUGAGGCUGCUCGGCAACCCCAACGACGUGCAAGCCGUCUCCUUGGCCGUCGCCGGCCUCUGGGCCACCGUCCGCCGAGCUGCUCAUCCAGCGCCACCCGUAGCACGACCUCAUCGCCUUCCCCUCCUCCCGGCCCUCGUAAGCAUCCGCCCCUCAAUCCCCAAUCCUUCAUUCCUUCUCCCUCGACGGAGAUCGACCAGAUCGAUUCACACAUGUAAAGAUUCACGGAACAACCGGCCGGGCGGCUGAUCUAUCUAGUUAGUUCAAAUGCGCGCCCCCAAAUCAAGCGCCAAACGUUUCCAUGAUCGAUGAUGAUGAUGAUGCCGGUCUUUCUCUUCCGGGAUCAAUGAUUAAUUAAGCACCGGUUGGUUGGUUGGUUGGUUAAUCGAUCGAUCCUAUCUGUUGUGUUCUGUUAUCUUACACUUGUUACUAGAUCUGCAAGUCGGGGAUUUUUUGCGCCAGAUGAGAGGAUGAGCACUCUUAUUUCUGAAAACAGCAGAACAUUAAGUACAUGGUCUUCUCAUGAUGCUCUCCUCUUAUGAUGUUCUCCAGCUAUCAGCAGAGAAGCAGCAAACUGUUGAAAAUUCAUGUAGCAUGUACUACUGAUUAUCGGUUUCAGAAACAUAUAUUGCUUAUAAUGGAGAAAAGCACUCCUUCGAAUUUUUUUAAUUUGUAGAAAGUAACCUCAGUCUCUGGAAUUUUUUGCUUGCCACCAACAGAAAGGACAUUACAUUACAUAACAUGACAUGAAGCAACUUCAUCUGUGAACCUUAUCAUGCUGCUGUCGGCACAUCUAACAUCUUCAUGCCUGAAUUUUGCAAACAUUUUUUUCUCAAUAUCCGUUGUCCCUGUCCUUUUACGUCAUGAUCCGGAAGAAGAACCGAGUGAGAGAAGAGUCUGAUGCGUGGAUGGUACAGGAACACAUUGGCAUCAGCAGAUAUCUUCACCAGCUAAGCUCUUAGUAGAUCCAACAACCUUCUUAUGUCACCCCUGUCCAGCCCCAGGCCAAAUUACAUGCAUUCCCCUUCCAAGAUCAUGAAACCCUUUUGUGUUCCUCUUCUUUUAAAACACAUGCCAUUAGUGUCAUUUCACUGUCUGGCUCAUGAGAAAGGUGCACCAACAUUGGCCUUGCUCAUCGGAACUGCAACUUGUUUAAUUAGGCAUUGGACAGGACAAGAGCAUAUGCAUUGUGUAAUUAAGUUUGAUAAUUUCACGAGGUAAUAUAACCAGAGGUGAAUUUUGAAACCGUCUUCACCGUCACACCUUUCUUGCGACCCACCUACUCGUAACAGCCUCCCGCAGCGGCGAUAUCGGUGCGGGUGGGGAUUAUGUUAAAUCAAUCAUGCUAAUUAGGCAGGCAGGCAUAUCUCCUGUAUAUAUGUUAAGUGAUGAUGCAACAGCCCUGCCUGCAGUUGAGAAUUUGAGAUGAUUCUUCAGUUACCAAUUGCUUUCAGCUGAUAUAUACACCGAUCAUUCGUUUCCUGGGAAGCGAAGCCCGCAGAAAGGGCACGCUGAUCGGUCGAUUGAUUGAUCAAAGCUGACCAUGGGAGUAGAGCAUCAGCAGCACCACAGCAUAGUCGGCAGCUCUGCUGCUGCUGCCGUUAAUGGCCAUGGCGGCGGCGGCGGAGGAGGAGGGGGAGGCGCCACGGUGGAGGCGGUGCUGAGGCCGCUCGUCGGCGCCGACAGCUGGGACUACUGCAUCUACUGGCGCCUCUCCCCUGACCAGAGUUUCUUGGAGAUGACGGGGUUCUGCUGCAGCGGCGAGUUCGAGGCGCAGGUGGCGGCUCUCGGCGACCUGCCUUCCUCCAUCCCGCUCGACUCCUCCAUCGGGAUACACUCGCAGGCGCUGCUGUCGAACCAGCCGAUCUGGCAGAGCUACUCCAGCGACGUGGCGCAGACGCAUGAUACUGCCGGCGGCAACGGUGGCGGCGAGAAGACGCGGCUCCUCGUCCCCGUCGCCGGCGGCCUCGUGGAGCUCUUUGCGUCCAGAUAUAUGGCGGAGGAGCAGGAGAUGGCGGAGAUGGUCAUGGUGCAGUGCGGCGGCGGACAUGGCUGGCAGCUGCAGCAGCCGGCUACGGCGGCGGAGGACCAGUUCUACGCAGCUACGUCGGUGGCGUCUCUCAACCUGUUCGACAGCGGCGGCGGCGAGGACCAGUUCUUGGCGCCGGCUGCCGAAGCCGGGGAAGACGGUGGCGCUGCGUCGUGGGGGUUCGCGGCCGGGAACAGCGAGCCGUCGGCGGCGGUGCACGAGCAGCUGUACUCCGGUGGGGUGGCGGCGAGGGCGGAGUCCGGUUCGGAGGGCAGCGAGCUGCAGGGCGACGACGACGUCGAUGGCGAGGUCCAGAGGGGCGGGAAGGACGGCGGCACUGGCGGAGGGAAGCGGCAGCAGUGCAAGAACCUAAUGGCCGAGCGCAACCGCCGCAAGAAGCUCAACGACCGCCUCUACAAGCUCCGCUCCCUCGUCCCCAACAUCACCAAGAUGGACCGGGCGGCGAUCCUGGGGGACGCGAUCGACUACAUCGUGGGGUUGCAGAAGCAGGUGAAGGAGCUGCAAGACGAGCUCGAGGAAGAAGAAAACCCAAACCCCAACAACGGCAUCAUGGCCCCCGACGUGCUCACCAUGGACGACCACCCGCCGCCGGGGCUGGAUAACGACGACGUGUCCCCCCCGCCGCCGCAGCCACCCCUCUGCAAGAAGCGGGCCCGGGCGGCCGCGGCGGCGGCGGCGGGGGAGGAUCAGGAGGAGAAGGACGACGACAAGGGUGGCGACCAAGACCAGGACAUGGAGCCGCAGGUGGAGGUCCGGCAGGUGGACGGCAGCGACGAGUUCUUCCUGCAGGUGCUCUGCUCGCACAAGUCCGGCCGCUUCGUCCGCAUCAUGGACGAGAUCGCCGCCCUGGGGCUCCAGGUCACCAACGUCAACGUCACCUCCUACAACAAGCUCGUCCUCAACGUCUUCCGCGCCGUCAUGAGGGAGAACGAGGCGGCGGUGCCGGUGGACAGGGUGAGGGACUCGCUGCUGGAGGCGACCAGGGAGAUGUACGGCGCUGGCGGCUGCGUGUGGCCGGUGGCAGCGAUGGCUCCGCCGCCGCUGACGACGAGGGAGACGCCGACGACGACGAUGAUGAUGGCGGAGGUGGCGAAGCUCUACGGCGGCCAAGCGGGGGAGCACCAUUACCACCUGCAGCAGCAGCAGCACCAAGAGCUUGGCGGGUAUCACCAGCAUCAUCUGCACUACCUCGGUCUCGACUAAUCAAAAUCAAAAUUACUAGUCCUACUUAAUUACUGUAGCUCCUUGGAUCGAUAAACAAUUCUGUGAUUCGUUUGCUGAACUAAUCAUUGUGGGAUGUUUCCUUUGAAUCUCCCAUAUAUUGUUUCUUCCUUC